AUGGGUAAACGCGGUCGAAAACCAAUUAAAAGCGAUUCGAACACACGAUUAGAGAAAAGUCGUGAGAGCGCUCGCCAAUGUCGUCACCGCAAGAAACUUCGCUAUGAGUAUUUAGAAGAGCUCGUUACCGAUCGAGAAAAAGCGAUUGUUCAACUUCAACAAGAACUCGAGCGUUUGCGAACAAUUUGUCAAUAUUUAGAUCAGAACGGUACAAAUAACGAAAUCCGACAAGAAUUGGCACAGUGGAAGGACGAUCCUGAUGUGAUCAAUUUAAUGAAAUAA